AUGGACGCCACCACGGCAAGCGGCGGGAAGGCGGUGCUGCCAGCCGGCAGCGACGCCGCCGCCCCGUCGUCUGGCCGAGUUGAGCGGCAGACGCCGUUGUCGGACGACGCUGCGGCUGCGGCAGUCGAUGCGCCUGUGGCGGCAGGCGCGGAGGGCGGCGGGGGUAGCGCCGGCGGCGAGGAAGACGAUGACGACGAGCAGGUGGAGAGGUUCUACGCGCUGCUGGCCAACAUCCGGGCCUUGAGGGGCGCGCACAGGGCCGCCGACACGGACGGCGCCGAGACAGAUGGCGGCUGCGGGGCGAGAAAGCGGGUGAGGAGCGCGGACCCGCCGUGGAGGCCGGCGUUUAGGCUGGAGGACUUCGAGGAGGCCUCUCCGACGACCGACGACGCGCGGCGCGCCAAGACGAGGCGGAGAAACGAGGCGGACGGCGAGGAGAGCGGAGCGCGUCCAGUACUCGCCCUCGCGUCAGCGAACGUCGUCGCCCCCGCGGCGCGCGGCUGUACGGCUCGGCAGCCGCAGCAGUAA